AUGCGCCCCCCUGAAGGGGCCGUGGCCCACAUGCGCCCCCCUGAAGGGGCCGUGACCCACAUGCGCCCCCCUGAAGGGGCCGUGGCCCACAUGCGCCCCCCUGAAGGGGCCGUGGCCCACAUGCGCCCCCCUGAAGGGGCCGUGGCCCACAUGCGCCCCCCUGAAGGGGCCGUGGCCCACAUGCGCCCCCCUGAAGGGGCCGUGGCCCACAUGCGCCCCCCUGAAGGGGCCGUGGCCCACAGGCUGAGAACUGCUGCCUCUGUCAUUGAGCUCCACCCCACAGCCCUGGGUGCUCAGAGACAAGGUCUCGAUACAGGAAACAUUUAUCACAAUUUAUCCCAGACUCUCACUGUAUGGGUGUAUGACCCAGAAUAUGCCAGCCCGGAAGAGUUGAGUAGAACUGCAAAGGGACCUUCACUGAAUUCCAGAAUACUAUCCAUGCAGCUGAACUCGCUGGGACAGGAGCCUUACGUACACACACUUUCGAAGAGAUUGAAUUAUUUCCCAAGUCCCUUAACUGACGAGGGAACCUGGAACAUUCGACUGCCAAUGACCUCAGAUGAUAUACACAAAGUGAUGAAAGGAAACAAAGUAGCUUUCCAAGAUUGCUUCAUCUCAGAUCUCCCUUUCCUUCUGACCUUUCCUAUUAUCACUAUUCCUGAGGACCCUGGAUACUUACCACUCUCUCUGCCAGCUGGGCACACAUUGUCGGUGAGCUGGAGAGCUUGCCUCCCUACAUUUGCUGUUCUGGUCACUGAAGAUGAGACCUAUCAAACAAAUGAUUCUUUUCGUAACUGGAACAGAGUAAGAAUCCCUCCAGGUGCUCUGAGUGACAACGAAAGGCGCAAUCUGACCCAUCUGCUCUCCUUCCAGUCAGGAAUUUUGCUUCUAACACAGGGCACUAUUUACCUAAGAACUAGCGAAGAAUUCACAAAACUGAACUCAAGUAAAGGUCUUCCUGACUCUGGAAUUAUUGGCAUUAGAAGCAGAAGAUGGUGUAUACCCUAUUAUACUUAUAAGGCUGGAAAAAGAAGAAGCAUGGUGGCAGCGUGGACAAAAAACGAGCUUUACCUCGGGUAUUCCCAGUUUAGGUUUCAGAAAGUGUUAAAUACCUCCACACUGAUAACUGCUCUAAACACCACUGACACAGUGGAGAUAGAAACUGCCGCGUACACACGGCACCCUCUGGAGAUUGGUGUGGUGGUCCACUGGUGCUCCCCGUGUGUCACCGACAAGACCAUCAGCAUCGUGAUCUAUAAUGAAGAUCUGAGAAAGUGGUCCUUCCAGGACUUCAAAUUAACCUUGCCCAUGAGCACAGUCUUAGACCUCGCGUUUCUUUACUCAGCAAUGCCCGAUGUACUCCUGUGGGACAGCAGCAGGAUUUACUACUGUUACAAGAACUUCUCUGAUACUGGGAUUAUAAAAACAGCUGCUGGAGAAAGUGACCUGUCGGUACUAUCAGAUGGCAGCAAAAUCCACAGCGUCAUUACAGAUUAUGAUGGGACUAUUGUGAUAAAAAUGGAAAACAAUGUAAUGUUCUACUUCAAGGCUGACAUUACAGAUACUGUGAGGCUACACUCAUGGACAAACAGGACAUCACAGACAGCAAUUCUCUUCAACAGAGCUUUUAAGCCAUAUCUCUUAUACUAUGAUUUACACACCAUGUUACAGGUACAGGAGUACCCAUUAGAUCUGGAGGUGCUAAGCAUACUUCACAAUACCAAUGACAGCUGUCCAUAUCUGGCCUUUCAACACAAUAUUGUUAGAAAAUACUACUUUAUAGAUAAAGGGGAAAGGCUGACAAUUUGGACUCAACUGGUCUACCCAGAAAAUUUGGGUCUCAAUAUUAUUGUGGAGCUCUAUGGCCCAAAUAUACUAUCCUGGAAACAAAGCACUAGCUAUGAGAUCGCCUCUGGCUUCUGUACUAAAACUAUGUUAACAACGUUUUAUCAGUCAACAAAGUACGACUUAGUAGAUGAUUACUACAAGUUACAACAAGAGAACAUGGGUCUCCUGCUUGUUGAUUUCCGACCUAGUGAAUUUUCAAAAACAUGUCCAUUGGCCAAAAAGGGGUUUGAAGUUGUCCUUGGCUGUGAUGUAAACAAACACAUUAGGGUCAAAGGAUUUUCUAAACGUGGAUGUAAUCGCCGGGAUUUUUCUUAUGUGAUUGACAAGGAAUUUCUGAGACAUAAACCACAACAAAAUGCGAAAAUAAGGUAUGAUGUGGGGAAAUAUGGCUGCCCUAUGAGACUUGGAUUCAAUGAUGAGUUUCAGCCUACGUUACAACUGUUUAAUGAAACUGGCUUCAUUAAAGUGAUCGACGCAAAUUUCAUCAUUUGGGAGAUCCACGGCAGGACCGACUAUACAUAUAAUCUUACUAUGAGAGAGAGCGGCUGCAUAAACGAAGCGCAGACAUGGGAUUCAAUGAUUGAGGAGAACCCAGGCGUCCCGUUGGAAGAGGUCUGGGGACCUCAGAACUAUAGGACUUGUUUUUCUUAUGCUGUUGGGAAGCCAGGAAACCUAAACCAAAACUAUGAGAUUUUAAAUAUUACUAAUAGAAACCACAUACACUGGCCCAUGGGCCAUUCAGGAAUGUAUGUGUUUCGAGUGAAGGUCUUGGAUCCAAACUAUAGUUUCUGUAACCUAUCAGCUCUGUUUGCGAUUGAGACCUUUGGAGCCAUCCCCAGCCCAAGCAUCUACCUGGUGGCUGCCUUUCUUUUUCUCCUGAUGCUCACGUUCAUCUCUGUACUAAUUCUCAGCUAUUUCUGGUACUCAAAGAUUUAUAGACAGUUUAUUUUUGAGCCACUUCACAAGAACCCUGCAAAACAGAAGAGGAACUAGGAAAACUGAGAGUUAAGUGUGGAUCUAUAUG